UCCUUCCCCUGGCCGCGGUCGCUCCUUCUACCACGCUACAGUAAGCGAGGGUGUGCAAGGAGGGAGCCCGGCGUCUCGUCCCGGACCCCGUUGGCACACGCACCCCCCUCCCCCCCCAGUUUUGCAGGCACAUGAGCGCGGGGAACCUCUGCGGGCUGUCGGCACGAAAACGGCCCAGAGCGCGGGGGGAACGAGCGCUGCUCUGCUCAGCGAGGAUUUCCUCGGUUUCGCUUAAAGGCUGAGGAAUGUCUAACGCUAACUACAUCCAGAUGUGCCUGCUUGGCAGCCCGCUGCCGAGACAUUACCGAGGGGACGCAGGAUCAGCGCUAUCAAAUGGGAUUUGAAGACCUGAUCGAAUGAGACAGAUCGCCAGGAAAAGCGUUACUGGCAGCGAAAUAGCCCCACGCGCAUUCAGGCGCGCGCCUCGUAUUCGUUUUGAAGGCGCAAAUCAUCGCUGGUUGAUGAGAGCUGGCUCUGCGCGCAGGGAAACGCCAGCAACACGCUGCCGCUGAAGCCUGCCCUUCACCAGCCAGCUCCGCGCCUCCCCGUUUUGGCUCAAAAAGGAUGGACAGUGGUGCCGGGCAGCUCAAACACAGCUUCUAACAGUCCCAGAAAGAUCGCGGAGACAAUGAGAGUUCGUCUCAAAGGGGAUGCGAUCUGUACCCUCUUCCUGCUGGUAGCGCUCUGCUCUUUGCUCUACUCCCAGCUGGAACAUUUAGUCCCAGUAGAAAACAAGGAGCUGACACCGAAGAAGCCUUCAGUAACGCCAAAAAUAUUCUCUGACCCCAAAGCACCUCGGAGACCGAUGCCAGCAGAGGCAACGGUACCCAGACCCCACGUAACUCCCGUCGUUAGACGAACGGAAGUGGCCAACGACAGGGUCCCAACUACAACUCCAUCCCCGUUGACCGACUCUGCCUUCAAGCGUUACCUCCUAAACAAGGAUAACAGGAACUUCAAUCUCCUCAUUAACCAGCCCAAGAAAUGCAGGAAAACUCCUGGAGGUCCCUUUCUGCUCAUUGCUAUCAAAUCGGUAGUUGAAGACUUCGAUAGACGCGAGAUUGUGCGGAAAACUUGGGGCAGGGAGGGUUUGGUGAACGGGGAGCAGAUCCAGCGAGUGUUCCUCCUGGGGACACCAAAGAAUAGGACAGUGCUGGCGACGUGGGAGACCCUGAUCCACCAGGAGAGUCAGACAUACCGGGACAUUUUACUCUGGGACUUCAUGGACACUUUCUUCAAUCUGACCCUGAAGGAGAUCCACUUCCUGAACUGGGCUGCUGAAUUCUGCCACAAUGUGAAAUUUAUUUUUAAAGGUGACGCCGAUGUUUUUGUCAACGUCGAGAACAUUGUCGACUUCCUUCAGAGACAUGACCCCACUGAGGAUCUCUUCGUUGGGGACAUCAUCUACAAUGCCCGCCCAAUCCGUGUCCGAAAGAGCAAAUACUACAUCCCAGAGACCAUGUAUGGGCUCAGCAUCUAUCCAGCCUACGCAGGAGGAGGAGGGUUUUUGCUCUCCAGCCGCACCAUGAGGAAGCUCUCCAGGGCUUGCAGAGAGGUGGAACUCUUCCCCAUCGACGACGUCUUUUUGGGCAUGUGCUUACAGAGAAUCAACCUCAAACCCAUUUUGCAUGAAGGAUUCAAGACCUUUGGCAUUGUCAAGCCUUCUGCUGCCCCACACCUACAGACAUUUGACCCCUGUUUUUACAAAGAUCUCAUGGUAGUUCACAGUCUGAAAGUUGCUGAGAUCUGGCUAAUGUGGAACCUGCUCCACAGCCCACGUCUUUCCUGUACUCAGAAGAAGCAAGUCAAGAAGCCUUUCCAAUGGAAAAAGAAAGCUCAAACAACACCCCAGGCAUCACACCUCAGAUAAUGCAGGCAGACUGCAGCAGAAACACAUAGAAAACCGGCUGAGAAAGGGAACCUGGACCUGUUGGAACCAGAUGAACUGACUUUAGAAGUAUUUUAGCACAUUUUAUUUACAAGGGUAAGAGAAGAUGACAAACUAUUGCAGGAAUUUGCCAAAAUUCCACGUUUGCACACACAUACCAUGUAGGUCCUUCUCCAUUAAUGAGUCCAAAUAAUCAUAACAGUAUCUUUAACUUAUUAUUAUUUAUUAGAAUUAUAGUAGCGCUUAGUGGGCCAAUGUGUAAAAGCACAUUGCAAAAUGCAAUCCUUGGAGAUUUUUCAGCAUCGUUAGAAACGUGAGAAAUGAAAGAAGAUAGAGGACAAGAGGAGAUGCCAAGGAGCCCAGGGAUCGUUGUCAACUUGUUACCUUGGCUCGGGCUCAUCAAGAAAUGACCAAACUACACAGUAACUAGAGCAAAGGAAAUCAAGUCACCUUAGUGUACGCUCAAAUCAAAUCACCGCUGCCUGGUUGGCUUUCUGUAGGCCUCGUAAGAGAAGACCAGAACAACUAACGGCUAUCGAAAUGGGGUCCCAUCAUUGCAGAUAGGCCGGGCUAGAAACAAAACUGGAGACUGAGGCUGGCGUGGCUGGUUCAGCAGAGGACAGGCAAGUAGGUAACCGAGAAGGAGCAGACUUCCGAAGGGCCUUUAAAGAAAGGACAAGAAGAGCUUUGAGUUGAUCCCUCCGAGUCUUGAUUUUUCAUUAUUCAUUCAUAUUGUCACUGUUAGCAACACCUCCGUUCAAACAUCUGCCCCAUUGACGCGCUCAGGGGACCAGGUUUUGGCACUUCCACGAGCUCAGGCUCUCUGCACUAUGCUGACUGGCACUCGGCGAAAACUCAGAGACAUCCAACAGCAUCUGAUUCCUCUUACCAUCUAAUCCAGACCUUGAGAAGAUUUGCAUCUGGAGAGAUCCUUUGGCCUUGGCUUUUGAGGGUAAAACCACACAGAGCUGCUCCUUGCGUCACGUUUGGGAGGUUCUUCAAACGAAAGGAAAACUCGUCAACGGACCAGGCUGGUUUCUAUAGACCUCGGUGCUCUUGCCUGGCGUAGAGUCAACUGCAAAGAGCAGCCAAGACUUUUCAUAUUGCUGCGGGUGUCAUGUGAAGGGAGAAAGCAGUCAUCAGGCAAAAGGGCUUCAGAAUAAAAGCCUCGGUAAAGUUACUGCAAGAAAGCAAAAACUCACGGCGAUCCUUCUGUUGGGCUUUCCAAGUUUCAGUCAGUCCGUAACUUUGUAUUUUAAGCAUCGGACAAGAACACUGGAUUGCUUGGUUUUUUCAAAGAAUAGUCAAUACUUGGAAGCAUUUGGGUUUUUUUUUCCCCAGCAGCAGGUUACCUUAAAAGAACAUCCUUUUCUUGGAUAUCAAAGAGGAAGUAAAUUCCUCUAAAUCAAGGUUAAAAAGCUAUGAAAUUCAUGGGGCAAAGAGCCUGAAUUCACCUCUGACACUGUGUCUGUUAAUUCUUUCGCAAUUCUUUCCCCCUCAGCAAAACUCCUACCCAUCGGAGAACCUCCCCUUCAGGAGGACACAUAGGCACGGCUUCGGAGAAAGCUGCCAUCGGUCCUCGAUGCCCAGAAGUUGCUUUCCCUUGAUCAGAGCCUGCAGCUGCAUUGCAUGUCUGGGUUUAACCUUCCUCCCACCCAGUCUGGGCUCAGCGCUCGUAUUAACUACGCACACCACGGAGGAAAGCGAGCUGGUAAUAGCUAUUGGUAGAUCGUUAACAACAGUCUUACACGUUAUCUUCAUCGUAAGAAUUUAAGUCUUACAAUAAUGCAUUUCCAAGGAAAGGCCAGCUGUACAGAAAUCAAGAAGAUGUUGAUUCGGGCUAUUUUUAGGAUGCAACCCUGACGUACAAAAUGCUGGUGGGAGUGUCACACGGAGCUGCGUAGGGUGUGGAAAUAAGCCAGAGCCUUGCUGGUGGGAGAAAGCCGGUCACGUCUCUGUCUGCUAACACGCGUGAUACUUACGUAUUUAUGAGCUUGUACAGAAAUGUAUUACCUGUGAUUAGUUUACAGUUGGGGAAAUUAUUUAUACCAUAAUUAAAAGACAGCAUGCAGACGUGCCUCUAGUUGUCAGAGUGAGUCUGUCAAGGACAUCCGCGCGCCCGUUGUAAGACGAACACCACGGGUAUUCUUCGUGAAGGCAGCAACAUGAAAAAUACAUUAUUCCUUACUUUGGAUAACUUGGUAAAUCUUUCCUUAUGCUGGACUUAAUUUAACGGUAACGAAAGGAAAAUAACCACGGCUUACCUUACGAUUUCCUCCAAGGCAGGUGGUCAGGUUCAGCAGUCCGUAUGAAGAUCUCCUUUUUCAGCUCGGAGAUGCGCAGAGAUCGGCUCUUCCCUCUAGAGGUGCCUCAGCGCUGCAGUCUGCCCCCAGCGCGGCGGUCACGGGCGCGUUUUGCCCCAGCUCAGAGCUGCUGCUCAGCACCCACGCGGGCCAGCACCUACCCCGGUAGCCAGCAGAAACAGAACCAGAGCAAACGGUUUACUCCGUUGUCUCAGUCUAUGGAAUAGCGCGUUUCUUUUAUCCAAGGAAUAGUAAAUCUCACAUCUAUCGCAUAUAUACAUAAAAAUGAAGGAUACAUCUGCUUUCGUUCAUCAGGCUCUGCUGCAUGGCCCGUUUAACCUGGUUUUAAAAAGCUUCCGUUUGCUGCUUCUGCGGUCGGGCUGGACGUUCGCAGAGCCCGUACGUGAACGUAAUGCACUGGGGAAAUGCUGGAGGGCAGCGCUGCACCCCCGGCACUUUAUUAAACUCUACUUACUGCUACAGCAGGCAAAAAGGCUUUGACUUCACCCAAGCUGGAGAUUGCUUCCUAAAAGAUGAGGGUCUUCUCAGAAAAUCCCAAGCCCCUAGGUGCAUAUGAGGACUGGCGGGAGGGACCCUCUACCGACCCUUCUGAUGCAUCUCAAAAAACCCCAAAAUAUCCAUUUCAGAAUGAAAUUCUGAGCAGCUUUUAUUAACCAGCUAAUUCAACCCACCAGCCAGGGUUUCGCUACAAAGCCUUGCCUGGCAGGUUUUUUUUCAUGACUAACCCAUGAUGAGAAAACAUAAACACAUCUUAAGUGGGUUCCAGCAGUAGCAAGGAAAGCAAGCAGACUUCCUCGAGACAGACAUAAACAUCUGAAGCUAAUACAGCGCAGCAGGUUUUAUUGAAUCCCAGGGAUCCGCACACAGUCAAAUUUUGUUCCUACUGUACGUAAGUCGCCAGAUUUGGUCACUUUAACGAGCAGAGCUGGCUCGAACUUCACAUUCAGCACCUCCGAACGCAUCUCUGAACACACAGACUGGUAGCGAAUGCCAAGAUCCAUCGUUCGGUCAGGCCACUGCUGACUUAGACAUCAUUAAAGAGCAAGCCAAAGACAGCUCUGAAGCAGCUGAGCGUUAAAAUAUCGUGCUUCCUGUCUGCAGUUUAAUUAUUCAUCUUUCUACAGCAGGUUCUCGGAAACAAACCCCAACUGCAAAAAUCAAACCGUACAAAAUAAUCAAGCGGCUCAGAGAACGCUCGCUACGUAUCAGCACCGAGAACACUCUCCGCAGAGUGCUGGAAGACCGUCACGUUGGGAAAAGUUGACCCCAAAGCCCAACUUGAAGAACUGCUGAGCCCCUCGGUUGUACCGUUCAGCUGGAAAAUUUCCGCAUUUCCCUAAUGAUGCUACUAAUUCUACUGGCGUUUAUCAAAACCGGUAAAACUUUUAAAUCCAACUUUUCAUGGUGUUCUAGGCUUACGGCAGGUAAGAAAAGCAUACUGAGAAAUGGGAGAGGAAACUAAAGCCCAAGGGACAAGCAUGUUGGAGUCCCCCCGAGCGCAGCAAACAGCUCCCCCACCAGUCCUGACCAGUCGGAUGCUCUCUCCCAGUUCACCCGAAUCCAGCUCAGGGACCUUCUCUCUCCCCCUCCCUUUCCCAGCCCGUCCCUUCACAAGCCCAGUGCCAAAACCAGGGAGAAAUCAUAAAGUAGCACAGGUCGGCGGUGCCUGCCUUCUCCCCGGGGGGGCUGACUGAGCUGGGUGGGAAUAAAGGUGUGAUAUUAAGACAAAUGCUCCUGACAGCCAUAAAAGUGGAAAAAAAACCUGGGUGAAAUAAUCUCAGUGGCCUCCAUAUCUGCGGAUGCAGCAGAGCUGCCCAGCGAGGAACAGGGAAAACUCAGGAUUUCAGGGGGUCAGUUCUUCCGAGAGACCAGCGGAGGCGAAAAGGGAACGCAGUGAUUCAGGCUGCCUUGAUUACUUAGUUGAUUAGACUGCACAUUGCACAAUCAUGCAGGGGUUUUGGUGAUUGCUGUUUAAAUUGUGUGAAGGAUAUUAACGUUGGAAUGAAACUUAGGCACUAAUAAGUGCAUGUGUGAAACAUUAAGGCACUUAAAACCAGCUUCCGAAAUUGCAAUAUGUAGUGCUUUAAAAUGACCAAACUACUAACGUUUAAAGGAAAAUUAAUUAGGGUACGAAAGAGAAAAGGUUACGUUAAAUCAUUACAGCCCAGUCCAGAACAAAAGUUCCUGUUAUACCGGUACCUUACGCCACAGCAAGCGACCUACUCCGCAAACUCCAGCUUACCUUCCCCGCUGUUUCAAGCGGCCGGCGUUCCCAGACGGUGAAAAGGAAUGAUUUUGCCUGCUGGAAAAAUACACAUCCCCACGGACAAAACGAUACGAGGUUUGGCAGAUAAAACAUUUAAACAGUGACUUUAUUAGUUACAGCUAAAAUUCAUAUAGGCAGAGAACACGGUAUUAAGGUCCACCUGAACUCUCCAAGUAACACGUACCCUCUGCAAAACCAAAUCCCUUCGUAGGUGGGAACCGGUUACACCCUGCUCUCGAACACAGCACCGUUAGCUUCAUUAACUCCCGCUCCUAUUUUAACGUUACAUCUGCAGUAAGCUCUGUUUUUAAUUUCCCCUUACCUCAUCUCUGAAACAUCCUGGGCCAUACCUUCCAUGAAAACAACCAACCAGAACAGAUUUGUAUGUUAUCGCCUCCCUAAAGACACAGCGAGAUGCAUUUAUUUGGCUACUCGUGCUGCGGCAGGUUGGGUCUGACAGGACCAGCCCGAGGGGAGAGCACCGUUGGGUUGCUGUAAUCAGGAUGGAGGAGGUAAGAAUAACAGAGAAAUGUGUUUAUGGGACAAAAGCUGAUGCGAAACAUUUGUCUUCGCAGAGCUAGCAUGGAAUAAUGUUUUUUGCAUCACAGCGCAGAAAUUAUUCUGAACUGGCAGAAGCGUAAAACGCAACCAGCCCACGUGAAAUUCUGUAUCGGACAUCUUGGUCCUCGUCCGAAUACUCCGAAAGGAGCAAACAGCUCCAGCUUGCACACAACCGUUACUUCAGGUAACGGCCACACAGCCAUCGCGCACACGCAGAUUUACUCUUAUACACGUCUGGAGCCAUCAAACACGAAGCCCAAGAGUUCAGCUCAGCAGAGCUGCGAAGUGCCUAACAGGCGCCAACACCACGUAGAAAGUCAAGGGGAAGUGGGUGCCAACACCCCCGGUUUUCCUCGGGAAAACGCCAGCUGGAGCCCAGCCUCCAGCCACCCCGAUAACGAUCGAUCACCAUCUUGCUGUAAUGCCCAGCCAUAGGAAAGGCUUUGUUUUAAACUGUUCCCGGCAAUAGAAAACUGGAUUUUCUUUUGGGGACCAGAGGGUUCCAGCACCACAGGGCAGCACUGAUCGCUGUAGUACUGCCUGUGAUACUCGCAGGAGCCCAGGGACUGCUCGCAGGCCUAAGGAAUACGGGAAGAAGUGUCAGCUUCACCUCCAAGAAGGGCACAACAAUCAGUUUUAUUAAGUGUAAAUAAGUGAAAUACUGUGGAAAAUACUGCGGAAAAUACUGCAAUACUCAAGUUAAGCAGAGACACAAACACAAACUCCUCGCUCCUGUACAAAGGAAGAAGGCACACAUCAAAAUGGGAUCCUCUGCGCAACGUGUUUUAUUAAAAAUGCGAUUGUAAUUAAUGUUCUAGCAAACAGUUUUCCUCAUACAAAACCAAAAUGAUGGACCAACAGACAUGUUGCCAACACGCAGGCUCGGUAUCAAACCACACAUAACUCCAACAGGGGCACGUGCCGAGGUGGGAUCCGACACAGCCCCAGUCUCUGGGUGCCUUCGGGAGGGGAAGGUGCUGCACCCUGCCCAGCUGGCCCUGUUAAGAGAGCCCAUUUCAUUACCUCCAUUGUUUUACUCACAUGGACUCACCAGAGCAUCACAAGUGAAGACGGGAGUCACUGAAGUUGUUUAAUACCUUCGGUUAGCUGCCGGCAGCCUGUCCUGAGUCUUGAGGUGCACGCUAUAGCGGCAGUCCUGACCUCACACUUCUAAAGCAUUUCCACUGAAUAUGCUCCGGAACAGGAUAGUGGUAGCCAUUACUCAAAUCGUCCCCUCAAGAAUUUAUCUCCUCCUGCAGCUAAUCUGGAGCCUCUACUAGAAAAGGAUUAAAAUUAAUUGAAAUUCUUAGCAGGAUUGCUGUCAUAUUUCAGUAACAAGCAUAAGCACGCACGCCAUCUCAAUUCAGAGAUCAUAAAACCCUCCAAGGGCACAGGGAGCCAAGCACUAUGCAAGGUGGUUUUAUAUUCCAAAACCGAAGGAUGCUAGAGGAGGGAGAGCUAAGCGCUCUGCCCUGCACUUCACAGCCAGCGCGGGAGAAACGCGAGUGGAAACGGGAGUCCCAUUAUGCCUGGCACUAACCUCUAAGCUACUUCAGGGUAAGCGGACUUUCAGUGGUUUUCUACUGAAAUACCCUAGGGGACAAGAAAACAGUACGAGAAUUCACGUUUGCUCCUUUUACCGCAUCAUUUCUUCCAUUCUGUCGUACGAUAAUUCAAACUCUUUGAGGCCCGAUCGAUUUUAAUGAUGCCCGAAGGCCGACACGAGUGUAACAACUGCAUUUUUGAGUGCAAUACAGAAGCCGCGGUGUUAUUUACUGUACUUUAAAGACUUUCUUCCUCCACUUUGGGGCAACAAUUUAUCAUAUGCUUUGACGUAUCUACUAGGAAACAGACUGCAAGUUGUGUUAGCUUUUGUACUGCUUCUUCAGAGAACACACUGUGUCGGCUGUAAAGGAGGAACACUAGUCAGGUACUUCAAAUGUAACGUCUGAAAGGCAGUAAAAUAAAAGGACUAAUUGAUGAGGAAAAAAAAAAAGCAAAAGCAUCCAUGA